AUGUUGUCUACUUUUGAAAGUUUACCCGAUGAAAUAAUAAUGACAAUUGUAAAAUAUUGUGGUGAUACUUGUGCAAUAUUACGAACAUUUCUUGGUCUUAAUCAACGUUUGAAUAGGAUUCUUAUUGAUAAACGUUUACAUUUAUUAACUGAUUUUUUACAUAUUAAUGUACGAGAUGAUUACUAUAAUUCUCAAGUAUUUCAACAAUCAUAUCAACAACUAUUAUCUUUAAAUACAAGAAUCGAUGAACAAGAACUUUCUUUAAUUCUACAAAGAUUACUUAGUUUUCAUAUUCAACAAAAAUAUAUACAACUACGACAUGAAUUUCAAUUAUUACAAGAAAAAUUUGAAUUAACUCGCCAAUCAUUUACCCAUAGUGAUAUUACUCAAUUAGAUAAUGAAUUAAAACGAACAUUUGAUAGUUUCUCCCAAAAUCAGACAUCGACAAAUUCUAUUGAACUCAUAAAAUCACUUGUUUAUACAAAAGGUGCUCGUUGUGACUGUGAUGAUUAUGAAUUAUGCAGAUAUAAUCUUACUAAAAUUGUAAAUGAACACGUUCUUAGUCUUGUUAACAACCUUUCAUAUCAAUCUCUAAUAUCAGCGAAUUCAUAUUUCGAACUAUUCAAAGCGUUACUUAUUUCCAACAGUUCUCUCAUCAACAAUAGAGAUUAUGUUGGUAAUGGUGGCUGUAAACUUGCUUUUUUUCUUGUUUAUACGCUUUAUAAAUUACAAUAUUUUUAUCAUGGCAUAUAUCCAGGACCUGUGAAUAUGAAAUGUUAUCGUGUUUUAGUCGAUAUAUUUCUUCUUGUUAUACAAUGUCAAAAACGAAUCGUCGACAAUGAAGGUAGCAUUCGACGAACUAUGCUUGAUAUUUUAAAAAUGAUUUGCCAAAUAAAUAAUGAUAUAUCUAUUCAAGUUAUUCAAUGGGAACUAUUGAAAAUAGUGAUUGAUGAAUAUGUUACUAUAGCCAAUGAACCAUUGGACGAGUUUUUAACGUAUGAAUUUAGAGAUGUAUUCAAAAAUCUAUUUAAGAAUAGACGAUUAGAUGUUCUAAGUCAUCUUUAUCGUGAUGUUCAAUUUGAACAAUUCUUUAAUAUAGGAAAUUAUACUCGAGAAUAUCUUGAUAUAAUGACUAGAAGUCAAGAUGGAAGAAAAUUGUUUUAUAAGAUGCUAGAUGAUAAUUUAUUGGAAUCAAUAUUUUCGGAAAAAAAAUUGAUAUUUAUUUUAUUGGAUAAAAAAGAGCGAAAACUAUUAGAAAAACUAUUAAAAUCAUCACCACAUCUUAUUCAUCAAUUGGAUGAAGAUGGUAAUGAUCCGCUACUUUAUAUAUGCAUUAAAGUUUACGGCUGUCGACAUCGUAUUAUUCAAGAUUUAAUCAAAAGUGGAGCUGAUCUUCAAAGAACGAAUUUUAAAGGACAAAAUUUUAUCGAUACAUUACAAUUACAAAAAAAUCGAAAACUAUUCAAAAAAUUAAUUGAACACGAAAUCAUAUCUUUCGAUGAACAGCAAAUUAAUCUUGUUAAAAAUUUUGAUGAAAAUUCAUAA